AUGGCGGCCACCGAUGCUCAAACCUCGCUCCGCCACGCCUUCGGUAACGUUCUCGUGUUCUUCAUCCUGAUCUUGAUCGGUGUUCUCGCAUUCUCGAUCCGUCUCUUCUCCGUUAUAAAGUACGAGAGUGUUAUUCAUGAAUUUGAUCCUUAUUUCAACUACAGAGUCACUCAGUUUUUGUCAAAGAAUGGAAUAUAUGAUUUCUGGAACUGGUUUGAUGACCGAACUUGGUAUCCCCUUGGCCGUGUCAUUGGUGGGACUGUCUAUCCUGGUUUGACCUUGACAGCAGGCACUUUGUGGUGGGUAUUGAAUUCCUUGAACAUACCUCUCUCGGUUGAAACUGUUUGUGUAUUUACUGCACCUAUAUUCUCAGCAUUUGCCUCGUGGGCAACUUAUCUAUUAACAAAGGAGGUUAAGGGUUCCGGAGCUGGCUUGACAGCAGCACUUUUUUUGGCUAUGGUCCCAUCAUAUAUUUCUCGAUCUGUGGCAGGAAGCUAUGAUAAUGAAGCUGUUGCUAUAUUUGCUUUGAUCUUCACUUUCUAUCUCUAUAUUAAGACGCUGAAUACAGGGUCCCUCUUUUAUGCCACUUUGAACUCAAUUGCAUACUUCUACAUGGUUUGCUCAUGGGGAGGAUACACUUUUAUCAUUAACCUAAUUCCAAUGCAUGCACUCUUAUGCAUUGUAACUGGCCGCUAUUCUUCUCGGCUUUAUAUUGCAUAUGCACCUUUUGUUAUAUUGGGCACACUGUUGGCCUCACUGGUACCUGUUGUUGGUUUUAAUGCUGUAAUGACAUCCGAGCAUUUUGCAUCAUUUCUGGUUUUCAUUCUCAUCCAUGUGGUGGCUCUUGUAUACUAUAUUAAAGGAAUACUGUCACCAAAAAUGUUCAAAGUAGCCGUGACACUUGUUGUUUCUGGUGGCCUGGCAGUAUGUUUUGCAAUGAUAGCAGUACUUAUUGCAAUGGUAGCUUCAAGCCCAACAAUGGGAUGGAGUGGAAGAAGUUUAAGUCUAUUAGAUCCUACUUAUGCAAGCAAGUACAUACCAAUCAUUGCUAGUGUUAGUGAGCAUCAGCCGCCAACUUGGCCUUCUUAUUUUAUGGACAUUAAUGUCUUGGCGUUUCUGGUUCCAGCUGGCAUUAUUGCAUGCUUUUCGCCUCUAUCUGAUGCAAGCUCUUUUGUGAUACUUUAUAUUGUUACAUCGGUGUAUUUUUCCGGUGUCAUGGUUCGCCUGAUGCUUGUGCUUGCUCCAGCGGCUUGCAUCUUGUCUGGGAUUGCUCUUUCUCAAGCUUUUGAUGUUUUCACUAGAUCGAUUAAAUUUCAGCUACCCAGUCUGUCAGUUGAUUCUGAUGUUGAUGCUGGAGGUGCCAGUUCUGAAAGUGUUGUGCCGGAUGAUACUCUGAAGACUGAUAAAACUGAGGACACACAUAAGGAACGGACCUCAAAGAAGAGCAGGAAGAAGGAAAAAGAACCUGUGGAAAAGCCUCCCAGCAAGUCAAAAAUUAAGAAAAGGCUUUCGGUUUUACCUCUGGAAACAUCCAUCAUUGCUAUUGUCUUACUUGUAUUGCUGGGUGCCUUCUAUGUGGUUCACAGUGUAUGGGCAGCAGCAGAAGCUUAUUCAGCCCCAUCUAUCGUCCUAACAUCACAUUCACAUGACGGGCUUCAUGUUUUUGAUGAUUUUAGAGAGGCUUAUGCUUGGUUGAGUCAUAACACAGAAGUAGACGAUAAAGUGGCAUCUUGGUGGGAUUACGGAUAUCAAACAACUGCCAUGGCUAACCGAACUGUUAUUGUUGACAACAAUACCUGGAAUAACACGCAUAUUGCUACUGUUGGUACUGCAAUGUCUUCUCCAGAAAAGGCUGCUUGGGAAAUUUUCCACUCUUUGGAUGUCAAAUACGUUCUUGUUGUCUUUGGAGGAUUGGUGGGGUAUCCCAGUGAUGAUAUUAACAAGUUCCUGUGGAUGGUUCGUAUUGGAGGGGGUGUAUUCCCUCACAUAAAGGAACCUGAUUACUUGAGGGAUGGCCAAUAUCGAAUUGAUUCUAUGGCCACACCAACAAUGCUUAACUCCCUCAUGUAUAAACUUUCAUAUUACAGAUUUGUGGAGACAGACGGUAAAGCAUUUGACAGAGUGAGGCGGACAGAGAUUGGAAAGAAAUAUUUCAAACUUACGCACUUUGAAGAGGUGUUCACAACCCAUCAUUGGAUGGUACGGUUAUACAAGUUGAAACCUCCAAAGAACAGGAUUAGGGGAAAGAUCAAAAAAACAAAAUCUAAAUCAACCCCAAAAACUGUCUCAAAAAGGAAAGGACUAAAAAGGAACCCUUUUUAG